AUAUAUAUAUAUACACACUAUUAAAAAUGAAAUUAAAAAAAGAAAGAAAGAAAGAGAAACAAAAAUUGAACAAAUCGAAAUCUAUCGCGAUGAAGUUUUAUAUAAAGCUUGAACUUAGUUUCACUCUGUGUGUUCUUCAUCAUAUAAAAUACAUAUAAAUUAUAAUUUGAUACUUUCCUCUUGAUUUCUAGUUAGAAUUAUAUUAUAGUUUAACAUGUUCGUCCGAAUUUCAUAAAUUCGUGCAUUGUAAAUUAUAUAAACGAGCGCAAAGAAGCAAAGAAAGAAUGUAUUUUCUUUCUUUUUCUUUUUUUGCGUCUCAUGGACUGUUUACGUAUACUAUAAAAAAAAAAAAAAUUAAAAUAAGUGCACUCUUAUAAACACACAAUUUCUAUAAGGCUUCAAAAAAACAAAAAAANAAAAAAAAAAAAAAAAAAAAAAAAAAAAAAAAAAAAAAAAAAAAAAAAAAAGAGGAUUAAAAAAAAGGAAAGAAAAAUAGUGUUGUUUGGUGGAUCGAUCACGCGCGUCUCAUUAUUAUCAAGCUCCCAUUCCUUUUCAGGUAUUGCUCGAUAAUUACAUGUAUAAUUAAUAUCGAAGACGUUUGUCGAAUUUCUAUAAUGCUUAUUGAAAUACAAUAAUCGCUUUCUUCUUUGUAACUCAUCUGAUGAAAAGAACGAAAGUAUACUAAGUUUUAUAUUAUGUUAAAACGGAAAAACUUGUUUUAUCAUUUCACGUAUUAUAGAAAUGCGUGAUAGGAAACGUUGAGAAUUUGUCGCUUGUUUGUAUUUAGAUUAUUAUUAGAUUGUAUGUACAAAGCGUAAUUUGUAAUAUCAUAUACGUAAAAAGAAAAAGAAGAAAACAUAAAAAAUACGUGCAUAUAAUGUUUAUGCGUGUUGGAACAAUUAUACAUAUGAGUUUAAAAAACAAGAAAAGAUACACGAAUUCUUGUAUUUACGAAAUUCGGUUUAUGAUAAAUAUAAAUAAGUGUACCUUAUUGUGAUUGUAUCGCAACUGUGGCAAGCGAAAUCAGACGAUUUUUCGUCAACGUUAAUAAUAAUAAUAAUAAUAAUAAUAAUGAUGAUGAUGAUGAUGAUGAUUAUAAUAAUAAUAAAGUAAUAAUAGUAGUAGUAAUAAUAAAAAUAAUAAUAAUAAUAAUAGGAUUAAACUAGAUUCAAGCGUUUAAUUAUAAGCAGUCUGAGACUCGCAAUAAAAGAGAAAGAACUGCACGUAACGAGAACGAUUUUUAAUUAUAUCUCGGUAUAAGAAAAAACUAUUUUGCACGAUGUACGGCCAGGAAUAUAAAAUCCUAGUAUUUUACUAACAUAAUCCUUUUGUACAUAGGACUUCAUUCUUUAAACCUUUAUAUAAAGAAAAAAAAUUGUUUCCAAAUAAAUCAUAGUCUUAAAAUUGAUCUAUGAUUUGUAAUUAUAUAUUAUAUUCGAUAUUUCGAUCAUAUGUUCCUUAACCAUCAUGUAUAUGUCCCUUCAAAUUUUGUUUAACAGAAUUGAAGUAACUAAGCAUGCAAUGCAUUCGUUUGUGAUUUCAUUUGUUAAUUGUAAUGAAAGAUUGAUUUGUAAAUUCUCUCUACAAAAUGAGCUUUACCCAGAUGGAACAUAAUGACAGAAAUAAAUACACGCAGUCUCUUAAUAAAAGACUUCAAAGUGCAGUACGAUACGGAAAUUAUAAUUGGAAGAUGUCGUGUGGUUUUGAUAAAUCUGCUCAAAAAAGCGUGAUCUUGCAACGUAAAUCGACCUAUCUACUAUGCAGCUACAAAGAUAAAUUACAAAAUGCUUGUCCAGCUGAUAUUAAAGCACUGAGGCGUAAAAUCCAGGAAGACUUAGAACCAAAAUAUGAAGAGAUCAAACCUAAGGAUGCCGACUUUAAAGAAUAUGAAGGAGAUCUAGAGGUACAUCCUAGCGAGUUAGCGAUUGAACCACCAAAAGUAAAGAUUUGGGAUGAAUACAGAAAACUGUUGGAAUUAUCAAAACUAGAACCAAAACCAAAAGCUAGUUUCAAGCAACCAUUAACGCACAUGACAUCGUUACCAAAACUACAUCACUUCGUGUCACGUCCAUAUCUGAAGAAAAGUAUAAGAUCUGAAGUUCAAAAGAAAAUAUUGGUGGCAAACACGAAUUACGUCCAAUUUCGUAAUUUUGAACUGAAGAAGGUGUAUAAGAAAACAGUUAUACUGCAAAACAUUAGCAACAUGCCAGCGAGAUUUCAAAUAAGAGGGAGACCGUAUCGUUCGAAAUUUCGGGUUAUAGUGAAGCCCAUAGUGGAGGACAGAGGCAUCAUCCCGCCGGGGAUGCAAUUGCAAUUGAUCAUUCUGUUCCGUUGCGACGACAUUGACGCACCGGAAGAAGUAUUGGUGCUAAACGUUCAACACGGAAGGCAGCUGAGUAUCCGAUUGCACGGAUACAAAGAACCUCCAAUUUUGUUGGGGACUUGCCUGAUCGAAGAACCAUCAUUCAGAUAUUUGAACAGACACGACGAAUUAUUGAACCAGGCUUGGCAUCCAGAGAUAGCAACGUCAUUUGAUAAUUUGAAAUCUACUACAUCAAGUAGCUCUGAAAGCUUAUCUAGCUGGAUGAAGCAGGAUAAUAAUUUCGUAAGCAUGACUUUCGACUGCAAGAAAGUUUUUAUAGGAGAAGAAGCUUAUGUGCCAAUAAAAUUCAAGAAUACCGGCGGUAAGGGUCUGUUUUUCAUGAUGAGCGAGACUGAUUGGUUUUCUAUGAACAUCACGGAUGUCACAGAAAAAAAUAUUUUAAAAUUAUCCUGUUUUACCAUGUGUCCCGCGUACUUUGAACUGGACACAAACGAAGAAAUGGAUUUUCAUAUGUACUUCUCGCCCGAGUCCUACGGAAUUCACGUGGAAAAAUUGUACAUAUUAUGCGACAAUUGUACUCUACUGGAAACAGAGAUAAUCGGCGAUGGAUUAAUAUACGAACCAAAUUUUGUCCAGCUUAGUAAACAUCUGAAAAAAUUGAGACCGUUUGCGAAACAUAUAGAUGAAAGAGCGGAUUAUUACGUAAAGCUGAAUACCAAUGCUCCUGACGGUAUCGGGCAAUGUAUCAUUGCUGUGAACAACACUAGUGAGAUAAGCAUGCAUUUUUCCUGGAUGAAACGAAACGUGCAAGCCAACGUGAACAGAAUACAGAAAGAGGAUUACUUCCCCUUAAAGCUGCUUCACAUCACACCGGAUGAAGGAAUUUUCGCUCCAACUUCAAUCCACUAUUUCACCGUGACCGCAGAAUACAAAGAUCUAAAACCGAAUUACUAUUUUGCUGUUCUGCAACUAUACGUAGAAGACAUACCGGUUGACGCGAUCCCAAAAAAUUCUGGUCUAGAAAUGAGAGAGUGCACCAGGAAACGACGAAAAUGCUCUGCUUCUGUAGACAUUUGGAUCGUCGAUGUGGAAGUUUGGUUGCAGUAUAUGAUGGAGGAGGAAAGUAGAACUGAUCGAACAACGGAAGAAAUAUUGGAACGUAUCUUGGAAAUACCGCCCCCCUUCCGAUAUCCUCAACUAAGUGAGGAUGAAGAUGAAGAGGAAGAAGAAGUAGCAGAGGCACUGGAAGUUAAAGAAGAACAGAGAUCGACGUGUCAGUUAGUAGCAGAUGAAUUAUUUUAUCAUCACGAUCUGGUGAACUUAAAGCAAUUCGACCUGUUAUGGCAAGAGCAAGUAAUAAGCAUGGGCGUCAUUAGACCCACGAGGACCCUGUACAUCGGCGUCGAAGAAACAUACAUUUUGAUAUUAAAGAAUCUCGCUAAUGACCUUGUGAAUUAUUCGUGGGGUGAAACUAAUGGUUUGGAUUCUUCGAAGAUGAAACUUUGCGUAUGCCCAAUGAAAGGAGAAGUAAUGGCUGGAAACAGUCAGAAAAUUGAGAUAACUAUCACGCCUAUAACAGAGGGGAUCGUGCAAUCGUUAUUUAUACCAUGCUUUAUGGGAAAUUCGCGAAGAAUGUUGAUGCUGGGCAUCGAAUGUUCCAUUGAACCACUUUAUGUAACAUUUUAUUUUCCACUAAAUGACGAUACACCAUUAAAGUUCAAGAAUAAUUUCGUUAAAGUCAAGUGGCGAGUAGACAGUCUCAAAUUCGCUUUGGAUAUGGCGGGAAGAUCUAAGAAAUACAUGAAAUUAUUGAACAAGUACAAAAAACGAGAGGAACGGGAAUUAAUGAACACGAACUUGGAUCAAGGGGAUGUUCUUAAAGAUGCUUCAGCAGGUCCAUCGAUACAAAAAAUGGUGAUUAAAGAAUCUGGCGAGCAAUCCUUCCCAAAUACUUGUACUUCGGAGAUAAAUCAAAUGAGUAACGUCAUGGGAAGUAACAACUGUUUACAAGAUAUGGUUUCCUCUGGAAGUAUCGUACCAUUUUAUGAAAAAUUCCUACCACCGGUUACGCAACCUGUUGUAAUAGAAUUUUCAAAUUUACCCGUAAGAACAGUACAAAAGAAAACUUUUAUUAUAAAAAACGAGACUUCGAUUCCAACUGAUUUUUGGCUUCGCAUAAAGAACUUUUAUCCUAUUACGUGUUCGUGCGAAUGGAAGUCGCAAGAAGAUCAGAUCAAGUUCAUUUAUAAACGAAUUUUCAGUCGACAGAAGGGAUUGAUAGAAGAUAUACUGCAUAGAGUAAAACAACCUGGAUCAGGCAUAGUAAUUUAUGUUGAUCCUUUGAAUUUAAAUAUUGGCCCUUUUGAAGCUAUACCUGUAGAUAUUUAUAUUUUUGCUGAUACAUGGGGUAUCUAUGUGGAUGAAUUAGAAAUAAACAUUACUAGUCUACCACAGUAUACUAUAGGGAUAUGUGUGCAAGUUGUUGGAUCACCAAUUUCAUUAUCAAUUUCUGACAGGAAUGAAUUUAAUGUACCUGUUAUCAGGUAUGGAAUGGUAUCUACAGGUAUUCAUCUGCAGGAGAGAAAAAUAUUGUUGACAAAUACAAGUGUAGUGCCUAUAAUCAUUGACUGGCAUACAUUUAUAGUAAAACCAGUUUUAGAAUCAAUGCCUUUUAACGUAGCAUUUAACUUUCAUACUCCAUUUACUGAUGAACUGGCAUCGAAAUUGAGAACUAAUCAACAAAAGGCUGAUAGUGAAAUACAUUUAGAAGAACAUUUUUUAUCUUCAAGAAGCACACAUGCAUGUGAUUCUAUUGAAUUUGAUUCUAGUGCCAUUAGUAACAUUACAUCUAGUUACAUGGACUCUUCACAUAUAACCACAUCCUGGAUACAUAAUAGUGAAACUUUAAAUCAGUAUACCACCAGAAACUUCAAUAAAUGUUCGAAAAAUGAUCAUAAAUAUACAGAAAAUAAAAUAUAUCCACAUACAAGUAAUAUAGAAGAAAAAAAAUAUAUCGAAUUACAAAUUUCAAUACUUCCAUACUAUGGUUUAAUCGAUUCACGAAUAUGCACAGUUAUUCCUAGAGAAAUGUUCAUCCCACCUAAAGGCAAUGCCUCUCUAAUUAUUGAUAUACAACUUGAAAAGUACAAGACUAUGAUGAAUAAAAGUAUUGAAGGAGAAUUUGUUUGUAAAAUUCUUGGAUUUAUACGAAUUGCUCCAAGUGAUAUGUUUGUAUAAUUAAGUUAAAUUGUACUUCCAAGUAGCACUGAUAGCUGAUCGAAUCGAAACUUGUAGAGGAGGGAAAGAAAGGAGAGUGAAUCCUAAAUAUAAAUAAAAUUUUAACUUCGAUACUAACUGAUAUUGCUAUUAUGUCAUUUACUAUUCAAUAGUUGACGACAACAAUUACUUAAUAAGCAAAAGGUGGCUGAUAAUUCAUGUCUAUACAGACAGAAUUCAAUGUAUUAUACCGAAAGUACUUUAUUUAUAUUAUGGAAACUAAUAAAUUAUUAAAUUACUUAGAAUCUACUCCUUUCUCCCUUUUCACUGCUCCAAAUUUCAAUCCGAUCAGUACCAUUCGGAAAUAUAUCCCUGUCUUAUAAUUAUAAAGA